GUUAAUCCUCGGGGAGUCAAGAAGCGGCACUCCCGCGGCACCCGUUCACCCACACACGCACUCCACUUGCCUGAUUCAUCGGUACAUUGAUACUACGGGUUGGUUCGCGGAAAGUGCACAAAAAACGGAAUCAGUGACUAAAGGAUUGGGAGGGCACCGGUGAAGGGUUUGUUUAAGGGACUAAAAAGAUGCUGGGAGAGAAACUGGACUGGUGAAGAAGAGAGAGGACACAAGGGGCUAUUUUAACGGUUGCUAUGAUGGCGGUGAGGCCGGUUCGACCCGCCUCCGAGAUCUGCCAGUCGGUGUGUUGUUCCGUCAGCCCGUCCAUGUCCUACUCCAGUUUAACGACUAGGGAGGGUCCGGCGGACGACGGCGAAGCCCACACGCCCAUAUUCUCCAUCUCCAAGAGCUCCAUGGACGUCUUCAGCCGCAACCCCGCGUGGAGCAGCGUAGACCUGCGCCGCAGCUCCAGCGCCGAUCAAGGCCCGGUACAGCAGCUGGAAGGUUUGCGGCGUGUAGGAAGCCUCCAGUCGCCGGACCCUCGUGAGCCACCCGCACUCAGUGACCGCUGGGUGGCUAAUAUGCGACGUUGGAGUCGGUGUAGUGCUGGAGCGUACAGUCGCAGCAGCACGCCCGACACAGUUGUGUGGAGUGGUGGGAUGUCGCAACCUUGCAGCCUGGCACGAGACGUGACUUGUUGUGCCACGCCCGCCUCUCCGACCACCAUUGCAUCUUCGCCGUUCAUCUCCCCAUUGUUGACACCGACACUGCCAUCUACGGAUCUCUGCUCUUCAUCCCCACUGUCCCUUCAAGCGUCUACUAGCACGCCACUACUUGAGCAAGGUGACUCUCCAGGAUCGUCCCUGGCAUCAACCAUGUUGUUUACCCAGCUAGAAGACAAUCUAAUCUCCCCUGUGGUGUCAACCCCACCACCUGAACCCUUUUUCCGGGUGAAGAACACAGAGGACAAUUCCUUCCCGGGUAGUCGUCUGCUUUAUUUCCAGUAUCCUUCUCCAAUAGCGUCAUCCGUUUGCUCGGAGGAAGGCGUGGCGCCAUUCCCCGGAUCCCUACCUGAUGAGGAGACAUCUCCAAAGCUCGUUCCUGGAGCACUAGAGUCAAGUUCAGUUGAUGAUGGAGCAUCGGUGUGCCACCUCCAGUUGCCCUGGCAACCACAACAAAGAAGGUCAAAUCUGGUCUCCUCCCUGAGUGACUCUCUUCUGGGUGAGGGGUGCAGAUGCUCAAGAGGCAGUCCUCAAAGACAGCCUUUUCUCAAGGAAAAGCCACAACGAGAAGUGGUAGACGUGGGCGUGCAGACGUUGUCUCCCACGGGUUCCUGGUUGAAUCUUUCCAGAAACACUUCUCACUCCCUUCUGGGUUCACCACCUGGAUCCAAGCUGGACCUAAAAGCCUCAGUGGGGUCAAACUCCAACCUGGUGUCACCCUCCUCUAGCAUGUUCCCAGCCAGCGAUGAAGAAGAAGAGGAGAAGCCGAAACACGUUCAGGAGCGAAGGAGGUCUUGUUUGAAGGCGCAGGUUGGGGAAGAGAAGCGUGAGCUGGGAGGUAGGAGGAGAAGCAGCAUGAAACAGGUACAGUGGGAUGAGGACGGGAUGACCUGGGAUGUCCAUGGCGCGUCUUUGGAGCCGGAAGUACUGAGCGAAGCCAUACGAAAGCACUUGGAGCUCCACAACAGCCCACAAAUGGUUAAACGACCUUCUCAAAAGAAGACCAGAGCACCCGAACCUCCCCGUCCUCCUCCUGAGGCAGCGCCUGACCCGAGUCCUUCCGCAAACGGAGAGGAGGAGAGGCAGGAUGAGGGAGGCGAAAUAGAAGCGGCAACUUGUGAAGUGAAAAUAGUGGAAGGGGUUGAAUUGGGAAAUGACGACAUUCCCAAAUCACCAUCACUCUCGCGCGGGAGCAUCAGGAAGAGAAGUAUGAUGAGGUCACUGAGGCCAGGCUGGUGCGUAGGCUCCAAAAAGGAAGAUGACUAAGAGAUGGACAGAUCCCUAUCUGGCGAAAUUUACACUGAUGUUUAAAAGGCAUACAAUAGCAAAAGAAAAACAAGGUCUAACAAAUUAAGAAAACAUACUGAUUGGCAAAAAAUAUGCACAUAUUGUAUAUUGCACCUUGCAUUUUUAUUACAAAUGAGUGGGGAAAAAUGCUUUUUCGCUAAUUAAAUGUACAUGGCUGCUUAUUUAUUACUGCACUUUGCACAUGCAAAUUAAAAAGCAUUGUAUUAUUUGGUUCAUUUAAUUCAUUUUAGAAUUUUGUUCUUUGUAUUUAUUAUUGUAUGUAUGAUUUUUUUAACUAUACUAUACACCUGACUACAGUGGGGCAAAUAAGUAUUUAGUCAACCAUUA